GUGUGUGUGUGUGUGUGCGUGUGUGUGUGUGUGUGUGUGUGUGUGUGUGUGUGUGUGUGUGUGUGUGUGUGUGUGCACGGUCGCGCGCGUGCGGUUCGUGUGUCUGGAGCUGGACUUCCAGCGUGGUCUUCUUGGAGGUCGUUUAGCCGUUUCUGGGGUUUGUUGACCUAACUGGAAGCUCCGGCGAGGUGGGUCGUUCGGGUGGCAGAGCGCUUAGAGCUGCUCCGCAGUACAGAGGCCCUGUGGAGGCCCAGCGACUCCGCCCACAUGCUCCGAGCCAGGCCUAGGGAAGAGACCUCGGUGACCUUGCAUCCUCUGCAGAAUCCAAUGGCUGUGACCACUCACAGGAACCUGGCCCAGGGUUCCCUGACUUCAGAACCAGUUACAGAGCUUGGCCUGGAUGUUUCCUUUGAGGAUGUGGCCAUUCACUUCUCCCAGGAAGAGUGGGUGCUCCUUGAUAAGGCCCAGAGGCUCCUGUACUGCAGUGUGAUGCUGGAAAACUUGGCACUUGUGGCAUCUCUGGGUUCCUGUUCUGGAAUGGGGGGUGAAGACAUAACUUGUAUGCAUAAUGUGCCUGCAGAAGGGGUGGUGUGUGAGACAAGGCCAUCUCCUGAGGAGAGUCAUCUUGAGAUACGUGCUUCAGCUUUAGAAGACGUUUUGCCUCAGACUGAGUUCCUGAGCACAUACCCCAUGCAGACAUUGUGCUUGAGCAGAACAGGUUCAAGUUUUAAUGAAGAGAAUAACUGUCGCUGGAGGAGUUACAGUGGAGUAAAGUCCUAUGAAGGGGAUCCUCACAGGACUUCCGCUGUGCCAAGCUACAGAUCCCAUGUGUUGACCAGGCCAUUCAUCUGUGGGAAGGAUGGGGAGGAGGCCGUCUCCUCCACAGGCUGUGGUCAACAGCAGGCUGCUUGCAGUAGUGAACAGCCCUCCACAGCCUGUCUUCAGCAGCAGGCCACUUGUAGAAGCGAACAGCUUUACAGCAGUGGUGAGUAUGGGGAAGUGCUUUUGAAUGGAGAGAGGUAUUGUAAGGAUGGGGAAUGCCAAAAAGGUUCAAGCUGCAAACAUGCCCCUGCUCAGUGUCCCAGUACCUCCUCUGAGAAAAGGCCGGCUGAGAAUAGCAAGUAUGAGAAAGCCUUCUCCUGCAAUUACAAACGUGCUCAGCACCAGGACAGUCACUCCGGACAGAGGACCCAUGAGCACUGUCAACAUGAGAAGUCCUUCAGCAAAAAGUGCCGUCUCAAUACACGAGACAGAAUUCAUCCUCAAGAAAGGCCCUAUAAAUGUACUGAAUGUGGAAAAGCCUUUAUCUAUAAAUCUGAACUCAUUUACCAUCAGAGACAUCACACUGGUAGAGUACAUUAUGAGUGUGUGGAAUGUAGAAAAUCCUUCACGUACAAAUCCAAUCUCACCGAACACCAGAGAAUCCACACUGGAGAAAGGCCUUAUCAAUGCGAACAAUGUGGAAAAUCCUUUAGACAAAACUCUAGCCUCUUUAGACACCACAGAAUUCAUACUGGAGAAAGGCCGUACAAGUGCUAUGAAUGUGGGAAAUCCUUCAGACAGAUCUUUAAUCUCAUCAGACACAGGCGAGUCCACACUGGAGAAAUGCCUCACCAAUGUGGUGAUUGUGGGAAAGCCUUUAGCUGCAAAACUGAACUCACUCAACACGAGCGAAUUCACAGUGGAGAAAAGCCGUAUGAGUGUAGUGAUUGUGGAAAAUACUUCAGGCAGUUCCCCAACCUCAUUCGACACCGGAGAGUGCACACUGGUGACAGGCCUUAUAAGUGCAGUGAAUGUGAGAAAUCCUUCAGUCGCAAAUUCAUCCUCAUCCAGCACCAAAGAGUUCACACUGGAGAAAGGCCUCACAAAUGUGGGGAAUGUGAUGCAUCCUUCACCCGAAAAUCUGACCUCCUCCAGCACCAGAGAAUCCACAGUGGCACGCGACCUUAUGAGUGUGAAGAAUGUGGGAAGUCAUUCAGACAAUGUUCUAGCCUCAUCCAGCACCGGAGAGUUCAUACCGGAGAGAAGCCUUAUGAGUGUGUCGAAUGUGGGAAAGCCUUUAGUCAGAGUGCUAGCCUCAUUCAACACCAGAGACUGCACACUGGAGAAAAACCUUAUGAGUGUAGUGAAUGUGGGAAGUCCUUUAGCCAGAGUGCUAGCCUGAUUCAACACCAGAGAAGCCACAGUGGAGAAAAGCCUUAUGAAUGUAGUGAAUGUGGCAAACCUUUCACCCAUAAGUCUGACCUGAUUCAGCACCAAAGGGUUCAUACCGGAGAAAGACCUUAUGAGUGCCAUGACUGUGAGAAAUCCUUUAGCCGUAGAUCGAAUCUUGUCAGACACCAGCGAGUUCACACCUAAGAAGACUCUUUAUCUUGUACGAAUUGUGCUGCUAAGGGUGUUCUUUAUUGUGUCUAGGGGAGGCGUACACAGGUGGAAAGUGCAUAAAGAUUUAUGCCUGCCCCUGAUUGGACAGAGGUUGGAAGUGUGCAGCCUUGUGAGUUUUGCCUUUACAAGCAACUGACUAAUAAUUUGUGGCCAUUCUCUGGGAAUCCCAGGUAUGGAUCUGGCCGGUGUACAUCAUCCUGACCAGUAUUUAAUACUUCUUUCAGAUUCGGCUCAAAAGUAGAAAAGUGCUGUUUAACAGGUGUAGUAACACUGGAGAAGACUCACAGCCUUCUCUGAGUUCAGAGAUUAUUUAUCUGGGCUUCGGAAGUGGAAGUUACUUCAAAUAUGUGGGAAACUUUGAGAAGACUCAUUACAGUUUUUAGAUGCCCAGGGCCAUGUUCUGAUUUAUGUCAUUCGCAGUAUCUGUGAUAGAAACCCUGUCACUCUUACCACUUAGAAGAUUAUGAGUCUGAUUAUCCCUGCUAAGUGCAUAGAGGUACAGACCUCUCUGCUCUGCUCUGGCUUUAGCCUUGAAGACCCUUUUCCUUUUUAGGGCAGCAAUCUUAUUUAGAAAGUGUGGUCUGAGUUGUACUUUCAACUUUUCUAGGAAAGAUCACCUUGUUCAGGACAGGUUUUGUUCUCACACUGCUCUGAUUAUUUCCAGGCUGGAACUCACCAACUUGUGAAAUACUUGCUGCAUAUUACUCUGGCCUAACUUUUGAAAAGGGAGUUUGUUUAUGCUCCUUUGAUCUGGAAGGUUCUGUGCAUUCUGUGGCAUGACUUGUCAGGUGACCUGUGAUGUCAGCAUGGAGGGUGGACCAAUUCCAUAGAUAUCUCCACUUUGUUUUAGAAGGUAUGGUAGAGCUGCAGGAAGCAGCUGCGUGGAGUAUUAGUCUAAUUUUCAUGGCUGCUCCUGCCCUCACAGGAAAGACUGUUGGGUUUUGGGUUCCUGACUUACUGAAGGUCCUAUGAUUUUGGGGAGGCAAGAAGUCUUCAUGAAGAGGAGUGUUAUGACAACCCCAGGUAUUCCCGCGCCGCCUGAACAAUUGGAUUCACUUUCCACCGGGAUGUCACAUAAUUCCUAGCGUUGUUGAAGGUAAUCUCUUCAGCAAGGUUUGCAAUGGAGCCAUUUGCUAUGUGUGAAGCAGUGCAUAGGGUAGUGAUUGGGACAGGGACUGAGUUAAUGGAUAUGAAAAUAAUCCUGCAUUUCUUUAUUGUGCGUAUGUGUGGCUUGGCGUACAUGGACUGUGGUUCACGUGUGGCGGUCAGAAGGCAGCUUUUGGAGUUGAUUCUAGUCUACCAUGUAGGCUCCGAGAUUGGAUCGAGGUCAUCAGGCUCUUGGCAAAUGUUUUAAUCUGCUGAGCUAUCUCUCUGACCCUGGAACGUGCUUCUGUUAAAACUUCACCCAUAGAUGUUCCAGUGAUUUUGUGUGAGUUGACAAAUACACAAGAUCUUUAUAGCUAUUUCCUGUGGCUGUGAGCUUUUGUCAGAGAAAACACUGAGAUGAUUUUUGUGGAUUCCUCUGUCCCUCUGGCUCUGGCAUUGGCAGAGCCGUACAGUCAGAAAAACAAGGGGAGGAAGGUGAUUCUGUGAGGUGGGGUAUAAUUCUGACUUGUCAUUUGAAGGGCAGUAACUUUUAUUACUUACCAAGAUUGUCUGUCAGUAGAGCUGUGACUCUCAGAUUCUCAGAAGACAGAUGAUAGAAUCCACACCAGGUUGUGAAAAGUUUUGAGAACAGCAGGAUAUCUAGGUAUACUGUUUUGUGCUACUUUUUACAGCAUUAUUUAUGUAUCGUCUGGAUGAUUGAUACUUCAAGGGCAUAGCAUGGCACUGUGGCAUAUGCCUAGAGUUCCAAUUUCUAGAAAAGGCUGAGGAAUGAGGAGUUCAUGAGCCCAGGAGUUUGUGGCUCAGUGGGGGCAACAUAGCAUGACUACCUAAAAACAACAGGUCAAUUUGGUAAAGUCUUGAAAUCAUUACAGUUAUGAAAAUGAAUUUGCCUCUCAUCUGUAUAUUUACAACAUGCCCCUUUAUAUUUUCUACCUCUCCUGGAAACCAGUGAUUUUUGUUUUUAAUUUAAACUUUAUUUUUAGAUGUAUGGGCAUUUUCUCUGCAUGAAUAUAUAUGUGCCUAGUGCUUGGGGAGGCCAGAAGAGGGAGAAGGAUCUCCUGGCACUGGAGUUACAGAUAGCUGUGGGCAACCAUGUGGGUACUGGGAACUGAGUCCAUGUUCCUAGUGGUCUUAACUGCUAAGCCAUCUCUUUAGACCCUGCUUUGCCUUAAACAACAGAUUAGUUUACAUCAUUUAGAAUUUUAAAUUAUUGCCAUCGAAACAUAUAUGCAUAUAUAUAUAUAUAUAUAUAUGUUGUAUAAUUAUUUGAAGAUUCAACAGUGAUGCUCAUAUAAAAAGUUGUUACUGUUGCUGAAUAGUGUUUUGUAUGUAUCAACUACUGCUUGUUUAUCUAUUAAUUUAUUUAGAAUUUUUUGUAGACUUUUCAUAUGACAACUAAAGCUGCUGUGAAUAUGUCAGAGUCUUUAUAUAGCUAUGCAUUUUAAGCACCUUGUGUUAAUGACCCAAAUUGUAAUACAGGAGUUACAGGUGAACAUUUUAAGGACAGUUUAGGCAAUGCCAGCUGUGAUGCUUGCCCCGUCUUGCAUUCUCACCAGCAGAACAUAAAAGUGGCUGUUCCUCUCCACUCUGGCGUAUUCAUCAUGUAAGAUAUCGCCCCACUUGGUGAGUCUACUGUGGCAUUUCACUGUGUGUUUAAUGUAUUUCCUUAAGAAUUCGAAAUAAAACACUUUUUUUCAUGUGCUUAAUUGCCACUUAUAUAUCUUUAAAAAAUGACUAUUCAUGUAUUUUCUUAUUUUCCUUCAGUGAAAUUAUUAUUAUUAUUAUU